AUGCCCCAUCUGCUGAACAAUGACACUUCCUUCAGCUCCAAGCAGGAGCUCCUGGACCUGCAAGAUGGCCCUCUGGCCCCCAGUGUGGACACCCCCAGCCCAGUUGGGUCACAGGGUGAUACAUCCAUGGGCUCCAUCCCAGACAGUCCAGCCAGAGAGGUCCCAGUCAGGACUGCCAAAAAGGGGGCUGAGCCCUCAGAGCUGCCGAUAGGGAUGAAGUUUGUGCCCUCGGAUGCUGAGAACCUCUGCGGAUGGGGUGCUUUGACUCCCAACUUCAUCCAGACCUUCAACACUCCUCGCUGGGUGCUUUUCUUCCUGUGCAUAGCCUCCUUUCUCCAGGGCAUGAUCAUCAAUGGCUUCAUCAACACGGUCAUCACCUCUAUUGAGAGACGCUUUGACCUUCGCAGCUACCAGGCUGGACUCAUCGCUAGCUCCUAUGACAUUGCUGCCUGUGUGUGCCUGACCUUCGUGAGCUACUUUGGCGGCACUGGCCAUAAGCCUCGCUGGCUGGGCUGGGGGGUUCUGAUCAUGGCUAUGGGGUCGCUGGUAUUUGCACUGCCACACUUCACAACUUCACCCUACCAGGUGAAAACACAGGAGCACACAGGACUGUGCUCGGCCAAUCACACAGAGGUAUGCGGGGACCGCGACGGGAGCGGCCUCUCCGCAUAUCGCUUCGUCUUCAUGCUGGGUCAGUUCCUGCAUGGCAUUGGGGCCACACCUCUCUACACCCUUGGGGUCACCUACCUGGACGAGAACGUCAAGUCCAGCUACGCACCAGUGUAUAUAGGUAUCUUCUAUACAGCAGCUAUUGUGGGCCCGGCAGCCGGAUACCUGCUGGGCGGCUUCUUCCUCAACAUGUACACAGAGAUUGGACAACCGACUGAGUUGACUCCCGAGAAUCCCUUGUGGGUGGGAGCGUGGUGGAUCGGUUUUCUGGCUGGAGGGGCUGCUGCUCUUUUUACUGCGCUGCCUAUCCUGGGUUACCCCCGCCAGCUACCAGGUUCUCAACGCUAUGUGGCCAUGCGUGUCUCCGAGGCUCAUCAGCUGAAGGACGGCAGUCAAGUAACCGCUGCUGACCCUCAGUUUGGCAAGACUGUGAAGGACAUGCCGAGGUCAGUUCUACUGUUGUUGAAGAACCCUACAUUUAUUUUUCUGUGUCUGGCUGGUGCUACAGAGGCCACUCUCAUAGCUGGGAUGUCCACCUUUGGGCCCAAGUUCCUGGAGUCCCAGUUCAGUCUGAGUGCCUCAGAGGCGGCCACCUGGUUCGGCUACAUGGUGGUCCCAGCUGGAGGAGGUGGCACCUUCCUGGGUGGCUACAUUGUGAAGAAGCUGAACCUGCGCUGCCGGGGCAUCAUUCGCUUCUGCAUGCUGUGCGCCAUGGUCAGCCUCCUGGCCAUCUUCAUUUUUCUGCUGCACUGCCCCAAUGUGCCCAUGGCUGGAGUGACCGUGCCCUACCACAGCAGCCCCUUCUACAUGCAGCCAAACAGCAACAGCUCUUUUGCAGGCGGGAAUCUGACAGUGGGCUGUAAUGCAGACUGCCACUGUGUGAAGGAGCGCUAUAACCCCGUGUGCGGAGCUGACAGAGUGAUGUACUACUCCCCCUGCCACGCUGGCUGUGGCACCAUCAACCUCACAUACAACCAUGGCGGCAGACAGAUGUUUACAGGCUGCAGUUGUGUGCUUGGGAACGUGUCUCUGGCUGAGGAGCGUGUGGCUGUAGCAGGAAAAUGCGACUCUUCCUGUAACCACAUGCCAGCCUUUCUCAGCUUCCUCUUCAUCAUCAUCUCCUUCACCUUCCUGUGCAGCAUCCCUGCUCUCACAGCCACACUCAGGUGUGUUCCUGACAGCCAGAGGUCUUUUGGACUGGGCAUUCAGUGGAUUGUGGUGCGAACACUGGGUGGCAUCCCAGGACCAAUAGCAUUCGGUUCUGUGAUCGACAUCUCGUGCCUGCUGUGGCAGGAGCAGUGUGGAGAACAGGGAUCCUGUUACCUCUACCAGAACUCCGCCAUGAGCCAGUACACACUCAUCGCUGGCAUCAUCUACAAGGUUUUAGGCACUCUAUUCUUCCUGCUGGCAAGUGUGUUAUACCAGCCUCCUCCGGAAUCUCCUCAGAGCAGCUGUGAGAGCACAGACCAGGGGGCAGGAGACAGCGGGGGGGAAAAUGGGGACUUUCCUAUCAAAGACCUCCCAGCUGAGAUCAUAGCCAAUGUACACGCCAGGUUGUGACCUCCAAAUCCAAACACACACACGGGCCCGCUCACCUCUGCUCACUUCACCCCACCUGUGUGAGUGUGCGAAUGUGUGUGGUCAGCCGGCUUCAUUACAAGCUCAGAUACAACAGUUCACACAGUGUUCCCUGUGACCGCGCACCAUUUGGACCAGAACGCCAGCUUCGGAACUGUCGCACACACCUGCUAUGUGGCAGCCAGUUCCCCGUCCCACUGCUACCUGACCAACAUGACCACAUCAUGAAGAUGGGUCAUCUAAGACCAGAGGUCAAAGUGGGGUUUACUCUGCUGGUGUUCAUCACGAUACUGCAGACAUCUUUCAGCUUCAAAGGACCGAUUUCCUUCAAAGAACUGGUGACGCAUAUUGGGAGAUACAAAAGGAAAGUUUUCACAAGGAUUAUGCACUAAAUGUUCAUGGUGGAAAAUAAUUGGCAUCAUACAGAACCAGAGCCAGUACAUUUUUGGUGAGAACCCUAAAGCAGUGGUCAACAACCCUCCUUUUGGCAGUCUACCUUCCUGCAGAAUUCUAGGUCCAGCCCUAAUCAGCCCCACCCGAUUUGUCUACUUACUGCCUUCCAGAAGUCCUUCAGCUGUGUUAGAUCAUGUUCACAUUCAUCGUUAAGCUUUUUUAUUAAACGUGAUCUUUUUUGAUAGUUCACAUUCACACGGUAACGUAACAACUGCGACGUGAAACACUCGGCCAGACAAACAGUCGUGACCAUUUAAAUAAACUAGCCGCACAAACCCUCAUCGCGAAGGUAAUAUGCUCUCCGAGACAGAGACAGAGACAAAUUGACAGGAGCGGUCAGUUUAUGGAGAGAUCCUAGAGAGUAAUCGUGCAAACAUUGUGCCUCUUUGUGAAUGUGACCCUUACCUUUGGGUUUGAGGUGAAACCUGCAGGAAGGUACAUGGUCCAGGGGAAGUGCUGCUCUAAAAGGGGCCUCUAGGAAAAGUCCUGAAGCUUUUAAGUGAGGACUGAUUUUUGCAUGCACACCAGAAGUGUCCCCCUAGAUACACCCCGAAUUCAGACGCCGCAUGUGAAACCCUCUGGUCCACAUGACUGCGCCUGUGCUCAUCUGAAAGCUUCAGGACGCACCGUAUAGUUUUUAGGGGCUCACUACACUUUCAGAGCAGGUUCUUGUUUCAACAGUCUGGAUUAUUGUGGAUGAAUCGUCUCAUUUGUCAGCGCAUGCAGCGUCAUAUUUGUGUCAACAAUGUUCGGAUGGCUGUUAUUCCUACAGGAACCCUAUCGCUUACAUGUGGCUCUAAAGCUCCGAUUACAGUUUUGAAGACACAGAAGCCGUUAAAGCUCAUCAGUUCUCCAGAUCAGAAGUUUAAAAGUUAGAUGAUUAUUUAUUACUCUUUACACAUAUACUUUACUAGAUAAAGCCUGUUUUAUUCAAAAGCACUUAAUAUUUACAUUAAAAAAAGUAUUAAUAAAGCAUUAAUGAUAUGUAAAUGAGAUUGGAAAGUUAGUAAAUGGAUGCAGAUACAGUAAGUCCAUUGCCGCUCAAACGGUCAUUGAAAGGACAUGGUUAUGACGUUCUUGCGGGUUGUGAGAAUAAGCUAGUGACAAUAGGCGGUGCCUUACUAGACUACAUCACAAGUUAUCAAACUAAUCACACUAUCAUAAUUAUCCUGCUCAGCUUUCAGUCGUGUAACCCCAAACUUUCUAAUUGCACUUUAAAACAAAGUCACUUCUUCACUGCGGGCCAUAUAUUUCAACUAUAUAGACGACGAUAUCGAUAUAGCAUAUAAGCCAUUCGGCCAGUUUAGUGUUUACUUCUAUGUCACACGACUAUUCCUGAAUUAUCAUUGCUUACUGCCGAUCUAGAAAGUAGAAAAAAAAGACAUUCUUGUAUUUUAACGUUAUACUUUUUAAACAGAUUUCCAGUUGUGCCAAAAUACUGUACCUCAGAACUGCAGAAUGGCUUUAUGGGUUUGGUUUCUGUUGUAAACAGUUUAAAAAAAGAAUGAAAACAAUAAGCAACAAACAAAUGUUUGAUAUCCAGUUAUGUUUAACUGUGGAAUAAGACUAAGACGCAUCGGAUUUAUUCCAUCAUAUUAUACAAAAGCAGUUCAUCCUGAUGACUGCAUGGAGAAGAAAGUUCGCAGAAUGAGAGAACUCAAAAAUUAGUUUUAAGUCCUGUCUAGACGGAGCGACAGCGGUUAUUUCCAUAAAGCGUCUCGUCAUGUUUUCCCCCCCCCCACUGAUUCCGAUUCAACCGUAUGAAUAUAUAAACAACCAAAAUGCACUUAGCAAAUGCCACUUUAUUGAAUACGUUAAGGUUUUAUUUAUUUUUUUUACAUUUUUUUCUAACCUGGAUCCUUAAAAAGCUGUUUAUUUUUAUUUGCGUCUUUGUUUUGAUGCUUUUCUGCUGAAAUAAUGUUUCUAUUCAGAUGACUGUGCUUCUUGAGAGAAGAAGAAAAGCAAUGAGUUGCAUCCUUGCUGGGUUUACUACCCAUUAAACAAAUGCACUUAGAAGUCUGUCCAGGAUUUGCACAUCAUUAAAAAUGGGACAUCAGCUAUGAAGGGGCAGUUUUUGUGUUUAGAAUUUGUUUUUUGUUUAAUUGGUCGUUUUUCCCGCCCUAAUAACUACAAGAAAGAAGGCCUUUUCAGUCAUUGUGUUCUUCCCCAUAGCAUUUGUCAGUGUGAAACCCAGUGUCAGUCUCUGUAAUUGAUGUUUGGUGUUUAUUUGAGUGGUGGUGAUGUGCCAUCACAUCCUUUGCCAGUUAAAAUCAGGGGGGUGGGUACGGUGGGGAUGGGUUUAUAUUUCUGGUUUGGUACUUUUGAUUGUAUCUCUUUUAUGAUGCAAAAGUUUCGAUAAGUGUUUUUGUAACAAGCAACUGCCGAAUCCCAAAA